AUGCUUGAUACACACAACCCCAUUGUGCAAAUAUUUCGGGCCGCCCGUGAUAGACUGUCUGCGGAUGACAUAUCUGACCAGUUCCAAGACCGAUACUCCAUCAAGCUGUUCUCAUCUCCAAAACAACAUGGCAACAUCUACAGCGACCCAGUUGCAUCAGAGGUCGUAGGCUUGAUUGUCGAUGGCCUAGGUAACAGCGAGGAGGGCCGGGACUUAAUAGUGCAGGAUCACUCAUCUCAGCUACAAAGAGUAAGCGAGGCACAUUGCAAGUUCAUAUCAAUGCAAUAUCCGUUGUUAUUUCCAUAUGGAGAAGAUGGAUUCCAUGAAGAUCUUCACUACAUGCCAUGUCCUCGCUCUCACAACAUCAAACGAAAAAAGGUCACCAUGGCAGAAUAUUAUUCAUACCGGCUGCAUGAUAGAGCUGAUGACUUCAACACCCCUCUACGUUGCAGCAGGCUAACACAAGCAUACAUCGUUGAUGCCUACUGCUGCGUUGAAGUUGAGUGA